AUGCUUUUCACGAACUCAGCCGCCAUCUUGGCCCUGGUUGGCCUCGCCGCCGCGGCCCCGGCCAAGCAGGAGCCCAGGAUCCUCUUCCACGAUGAUGUCAUCCUCCCCCGUGCCGACGGUGGCUUCGACGUGAUGAAGGACUGGGAGUAUACCGACCUCGAGCGCCGCAUGGAGAAGGAGGCGCGCGCCCGGGCCGAGGAGUACAAGCGCCGCGCCCUGGCCGGCGAGACCAUCCCCAUCGGAGCCAACGUCGGCGAGAACGAGAUCGGCCUCGACCGCCGCUGCGACGAGCUCAACGAGAUGCAGGUGCUGACCGACACCGAGUUCACCAACUGGGACGUCGCCAUGUCGCCCGUCAUCGGCGCGACCGGCGGCCAGGCCACCGUCGCCGUCACCAAGGGCUACUCGGUCUCCAACUCCAUCACCGUCGGCACGGGCGCCGACUACACGGUCGAGAAGGACCUCUUCAAGGUCAGCAUGAAGAUCGACUACUCGCACUCGUGGACCACGUCGGACUCGCAGACCUUCACCUACUUCAUCGUCCCGGGCCAGUACGGCGUGGUCGUCAGCAACCCCCUGACCAGGAGGAUCACCGGCAACUUCGUCAAGGGCUGCACCGACUCCCCCACGUACGAGGCCUUCACCUCCGACUCGUACUCGGACCAGACGUACAGCGACAUGACAUGGGUCCAGGGCCCCAUCAGGCUGUGCAACAGCACCACCUACCCUGUCCCCUUCUGCACCGGAAACGGCAAGCACAACUGA